AUGCAGUAUCGAAAACUGUCCUCCGAUGGUAUUUCUACAUGCACACUGCCUUCGGGGGAAAAACUUCUGAAGGUGGAGUCCCACGUCCUGGAAAGCAUGACGCAUGAGGCGAUUGUAGAUGUGCAGCAUCUCUUCAGACCUGCUCACCUUCAAAUGCUCUCCAACAUCCUGAAGGACCCGGAGGCAUCUUCCAACGAUCGCUUUGUGGCAUUGGAACUGCUGAAGAAUGCAUGCGUUGUCGUGCCACACAACCUCUCAGGUGCUCUGGAACAAAUCAAUGAUGGUCUAGGCACUUUGCUCCAUCUCCUGCAGCAAAGUUGUUCGGAACAGCAGCAGCUGAAGAACUUGGCAAUUGUGAAUCGGGACAUGAUGCUUCGGCAAGAGAGGCGAUUGAAAGAGAUGGGGGAGGAGCUAUGGCCAGGGCUCCACAAGCGAAAGGCUGAGGUCACCUUUGCCAGUGAUGUGGAGGACCAAGACCUUCAUGAUCAUGAAAAAGACGAUGAGAUCGAGCACGACAAAGACAUACCAAGCACAUGUCCCAGAUGCGAGGUUCCAAGAGGAUGCACUGCGCCGGAAUGUCGCAGGGUGCAGCUCACACAAGUUGCCCAAGUAGCUUUAGAGAUUCCCAAAGAAGAGCUGGUGUCACAAAAAGGUUCUGAGACUGUUGGCCCUCGGGUCAGCAAGGCCAUUACAGCACGAAGCUCUCCAAGAUUCGGCCAAAGGUUCGUUACCAACGAGACAUCACAGGAUACCGUGACCUUUGAAAUUGCAGGACUGGCCUCCACAGCCUCACCCAGAAGAACAAUCGUACGCUCGGCCAGGCAAAUGGCGAGCAACACUGCUUUGGGUCGCUACUUCUUCGACCGUUUUUUCAGUGCGAUAGAGGAACCUGAACGAACUGGCAUCUUGGCACGAGUGGUGAACAGCAAUCGAUUCGGCAGCCUUUGCAUGAUGGUGAUCCUUCUGAAUGCUAUUCUCAUCUCCUUUAUGUCAGACCAGGAGAUGAAGCAUCCAGGUGCACCCACUCCCUACGCUUUGAUGAUGAUCGAACUGGGCUUCGCCUGUUUCUACGCAGUGGAGCUUCUGCUGAAACUGGCAGUGCAUCGUCUUUAUUUCUUCAUCAACGACGACAUGCGAUGGAACAUAUUCGACAUCUCGUUGGUUAUUUUCUCAGGGGUUGAGAUCACAUCCUCCUUCGUCAUGUUCUCCGAGGGAGUUGCGAGGGAGGGUAUGAACCUGACCUUCCUUCGCCUGCUGCGCUUGUGCAAGAUAGCAAAGGUGCUUCGUGUGUUGCGAACUCUGCGAUUCUUCCGAGAGCUGCGGCUGAUGUUGGACUGCGUCCUGGGAUCCGUUUUAAAUGCCAUUUGGUGCAUAGCCAUGCUAUUCUUCGUCAUGUUUAUAUUCUCGUUGCUCUUGGUGCAGGGAUUGGCCGACUACUUGGGAGAAUAUUCCAGAGAAAACGGACUGCAAAGCCUGGAGGAUCCGCAUGUAGGAACACUGCUGACCCUGUUUCAAUCCACGACCUCUGGUAUAGACUGGCGGGACUGCUAUCUGAUGGAGCUGCAGCGGUUGUUCGUGAUUAUUCUUGCCGUGGUUAUGGACGGUUCUGGCAUGCUCUCUGCUGUGUUCUUGCUCUUUGUCAGUCUUUUUACAAUAUCGGUCUGGAACAUUGUAACGAGUACGUUCGUUGAGAAGGCACUAAAGAUAGCGCAGCCAGAUUUGGAGUCUUUGGUAAUGGAACAUCAUCUCAAGGACGUUCAAGACGCACAAGCACUUCUGGAGCUCUUUUGCAGUCGACUUGGCUGUUCUGACUCGUCAAGCAUUUGCUAUGCGCAGUUCAAGCUUCUGACCGAACAGCACAAUUUCAGAACAUACCUUUCAGCACGUGGCAUCGACAUCAAGAACGUUGAGGUCUUCUUUCGCAUGCUGGCGACCGCUAGCGGCAACUCGGAAGUCGAGCUGAAGGUACUUGCCAAUGCACUAGUUCGCAUGAAAGGCUUUGCGACUGCGAUUGACCUCCAGACGUUGAGCUUUGAGACCAAGAUAACUUUGUCCAAGCAGGCCAAAGCCGUCAAGGAGCUUGGUCGGCAUCUUCGGCGAAUUGAGAGACUGCUUGAUCCAGGAGCAAAGUCAGGUUCGCAGCGUUCACUUCCUGAUGACAAACCAACCUUGUUGAAGCCAAGCUUUUCGGAGAAGGACUAUCUGUUUCGGCGGGCAAGGCGCACUUUGCCGAGAUCCAUUUGCAAAACAAAGAUACGAGAAUUUCCAGCCAUGGUCAAGCGUGGAACUCACGUCCUCACAGAUGGACGAGAUGAGGAGUUCAUUUCGCGCGGAGUCUACAAAGCCUAUUCAGAGGGCUACUUGAGAUACUCCCAGGUCGCACCACUGAGUAUGUUCGAGGAGGCCAACACGAAGACAAAUCUUCCUGCACAAAUCGACAUGCUCAGUCAGCAUGGCAACACAUACGACGUGCUCUACAUUGCAAAAGGGGGUGGCAGCGCCAACAAGACACAGCUUUUACAGAAGACAAAAGGUGUGCUCAAUGAAAAGGCCUUCAUGGACUUUGUCACUGAGCAAGUCCAGAACAUCGGCACGGCCGCCUGCCCUCCGUACCAUCUUGCACUGGUUGUUGGUGGCCUCUCUGCAGAGCAGAAUCUGAAGACCGUCAAGUUGGCAAGCUGCAAAUACCUCGAUGGUUUGCCCACCUCUGGGAACAAGUUGGGAAGAGCCUUUCGGGAUGUGGAGUGGGAGGAGAAGAUUCGCAGGUUGUCCCAGGAACUUGGCAUUGGAGCCCAGUUUGGCGGCAAGUACUUCUUGCACGAUGUCAGAGUGGUUCGGCUUCCACGCCACGGUGCUUCCUGUCCAGUUGGAAUCGGAGUGUCAUGCUCGGCAGACAGGCAAGCCAAGGCGAAGAUCACUGAGGAAGGUGUUUUCCUCGAAAAGCUUGAGACAGACCCAGCAAAGUAUUUGCCUGACAUCACAGAGAAGUCCUUGGAGAAAGGAGGAGAAAUUGUGAAGGUAGACUUGAACAAGCCAAUGGAGGAGAACCUCAAGUUCCUGAGCCAGUUCCCAGUUUCCACACGUCUGGCAUUGACUGGAACAAUCAUUGUAGCACGAGAUAUUGCCCACGCUAAGAUGCAGGAAAUGCUGGAUUCGGGCAAAGGAUUGCCAGAUUACAUCAAGCAAUAUCCUGUGUAUUAUGCUGGUCCAGCAAAGACGCCGGCUGGAAUGCCAUCUGGAUCCUUUGGGCCGACGACCUCGGGCCGAAUGGACCAGUAUGUGGACACUUUCCAAUCUCAGCGUGGUUCGAUGAUCAUGAUCGGGAAGGGCAACAGAUCCAAAGAUGUCACCAAUGCGUGCAAAAAACACGGAGGCUUCUACCUUGGUUCGAUUGGUGGAGUGGCUGCCACCUUGAGUGCAAACAGCAUCAAGAAGGUAGAAGUUCUUGACAUGGAGGAGCUGGGAAUGGAGGCUGUUUGGAGGAUUGAAGUUGAAGAUUUUCCAGCCUUUGUCGUUGUUGACAACAAGGGAAAUGACUUCUUCAAAAAGUGGUCCAAGGAGGCAGCCAAAGAACCUGAAACAGACUCCUUCUUUGAUGAGGCCAAGAACUUCUUCCAUGGCCUCGACAAGGAUCAGAACGGCAAGCUUGAUGUCAAAGAAAUCAUGGCUGGCUUGAGCAUCAACCAGGAGAAGGCUUCUUCAGAACACUGUGAACCCAGUGAAGCCAUGUUCAUUUUACUCGCAGGAUGA